AAUCCAAUCUUCUUUUGCCACGUGGAAUGCUCUGGUCUCAAGAUAGAAAGAAACGGCGGCCGCCCCAUUGGUCACAAACCUCCAACAUGGUGCUGUUAAGAAGCAUUUUCUUUUCCUUUUUGCAUUAAAGCCAAACCUUUACCAAACUAAAGAGUAAAGCCUCAAUAUCUUGUAUAUAAAUGCUUGGUACCCAACUCGCCGAACUAUUCGACUCUCCAAACUGAAACUCUCAAUUUUCACAUUCCUUUCCAAGCUUUUCCACCUCUCAAAUGGAUUGGACCCGUGGUAGAACCAUUGGCCGCGGUUCCACUGCCACCGUUUGUGUCGCCACUGUUGACCAAUCCCGUGUAUUUGCUGUUAAGUCCUCUGAGCUUUCGCUGUCAGAAUCUCUCAGAAAGGAACAGAGGAUUCUGUCUACGUUAAGCUGCCCUCAUGUCGUAGGAUAUAAAGGGUGUGACAUUUCAUCCGAGAAUGGUAAACUUCUAUACAAUCUUUUCCUGGAAUAUGCCCCUAGCGGCACCGUCAUGGAUGCGAUCCAAAAGCACGGUGGUUACCUUGAGGAGGCCACGGUUCGAUCGUACACUCGUGGGAUUUUACUUGGCCUUGAAUUCCUGCACUCUCGAGGGAUAGUGCAUUGUGACAUCAAGGGCCAGAAUGUUUUGGUUACAGAUGACGGGGUGAAAAUCGCUGACUUGGGUUGCGCUAGGCGAGCUGAUGAGGCGUCGAGUGCCGCUUGGUCCAUUGCUGGUACCCCUGUUUACAUGGCGCCAGAGGUGGCACGCGGCGAGCAACAAGGAUGCUCGGCUGACGUGUGGGCACUUGGGUGUACGGUCAUCGAGAUGGCCGCCGGACGAUCACCAUGGCCUGACGUCAGUGAUCCUGUUUCUGCAUUGUACAGGAUCGGAUUCUCGAGUGAUGUGCCGGAAAUACCAACCAACAUUUCGAAGCUGGCACAGGAUUUCUUAAGCAAGUGUUUGAGGAGAGACCCCGCCGACAGAUGGUCGGCAACACAACUUCUUUCACACGAUUUUCUAGCGGAAUCGAAGUUCCCGGUGAAGGAAACUGAAGGUUCUAAAUCGGAGACACCCAACAACGUAUUGCAUCCAAACAUAUGGGAUUCCAUGGAAGAGUUAGAGACAGUUCAGAUUCCUUCCAACAAGCCUAUCAUGGAAAGGCUACGACAAUUGGGUGAAGACAAUCUUGUUUUGUCUUCAAAAAUACCCAACUGGGAAUGCGAUGAAAAUUGGCUGACAGUGAGAAGCAAUAGCAAUUUGGAAGUAGAAAAACUGCCUAGCACUAGCAGACAGGACAGUAACCUUUUACGUUCCGAUGAACCCCCAAGCAGUUGUGGAGGAUACACGAGUAGGACGAGCGAGGAUUUUGAAAUACUCGUUGAUUGCUUUCUCACAAAGAUUAGGAGGCAAAAUACUAGGAUCACUAACAGUGAUAGUGUUGAGAGUAGGAGUAAAACGGGUUCUUUUGCAGCUUGUAGAUAUAUGAUUUACAUCUUAUGUAUGGAUUUAAAUUACUCUAAUAAUAAUUAUUUUAUUAAUCCGAUUUUUACUGCUUUUCAGUCUCUUUUAAUGAAUUUGAGUUUUAUAAUACUAUUCCAAAUUUCCAAAUUUGGCCCGCGAUGGAGUUCACUAUGGACUAUUUGGUUGAGCGUCGAUCGAAGGGUGUUUGAGAAUAAAGAUGCUUCUAGUGGUGAGUUGCUGUUUCUGGUUAAGCUAAGAGCCCUUGAAUGGGUUAAGGCUAUUGAGAACAAGGAGGUCUGUGAUAGACUGGUAGUGAAGGGUGGUGGAUUUAUCUGGGUACCAUCACUAGCGGGUGGUGGGGUUGUCUGGUGCCCUUUUAAUAGCAACAAUCCUAAUGUCACUAAGCUAUUGUCCAUCAAGGUGGCCUUAGAGAUCCUUUCUUUAUCAUGGUUAAAGAUCUCUCGUGAAGCUAAUCGAAUGGCUGACAAUCUCGCUAAAUCCGUUGUAUUCUUAGCCAGUGUUUGUGAUCUGUUGUCUUGUUUGGUCCCGAUGUUGUCAGUGUUUAUUAUUAUCUGGGCUGUAAACAGGGGAGGCAGUGAUUCCUUAAUGCUGGUGGUGCAAAAAUUACGGUUUUUAGCCAAAAAAUCUGCCAAUGCACCUGCUACGCUGCGUGAGAGUUCAAUGUCUGCCAUGGCUGCUGUAUUGGGCUGA